AUGGAGAAAGUCCAAAACAAACUUCAGGGUUGGAAAUCUAAGAUUCUAUCUCAAGCUGCGAAAACAGUUUUCAUAAGGGCAGUUGCAAGCUCCAUUCUGUCGUAUGUGAUGUCAUCUACUCUUGUUCCCAAAGCAAUAACAAAGAACCUGGACUCUCUUUUCCGCAGAUUCUGGUGGGGGUUUGAAGAUAGAAAGAAAAAGAAAUUUACCCCAAAAUCAUGGAAUUCCAUCAGCAUUCCUAAAUCGUUGGGAGGUCUUGGAAUCAGAACCAUGUCUUCUUUUAAUUCUGCUCUGGUUUUGAAAAAUGUUUGGUCUCUUCUCAAUGGUCCAAAUAGUCUUUGGAAGGAGGUCAUCUCAAAAAAAUAUCUUGGCUCUAAAACUUUUUUCGAAGCUGCUCCUAAAGUUUCUGAUUCCCGGUUUUGGAAAAGUUUGCUUAAACAGAGAGAAUUUCUGAGAUCUAGUGCUUGCUAUCAAAUUAAUAAUGGGAGUUCUACUAAGGUCUGGACUGGCCCCUGGAUCCCCACCAUUCACAAUUUCAUCCCUGAUCCAAAUCCUGAAAACAAUCUGGAUCCUAAUCUAAACAUGACUGUCUCGGAACUCAUUCUAGAGGAACCUCGACGUUGGAAUGUUCUUCUCUUCAAUACUCUUUUUUCAGAUCAUUCCUCUAGAGAAAUCCAAAAAAUCUCCCUGGCCAAUCAUAAUUUUCAGACUGUUCAAGAUAAGAUCAAUUGGAUUUAUCAUUCCUUUGAAAAAUUUUUAGUCAAAUUAGCUUAUGCCGCCCUUGUCAAGGAUAACAAUCCUCCCAACCCCAACAAUCAGACCCUCAAUUGA